AUGCCUCGCUUCCGCGCCCAGCUCGUGAUGGCGAGCGCCGUAGGGACGACAUCGAAGCUCGUGCACUCGAAGCGACACGGGGAGCUCGUACUGGACGCUAGUACACAGAGUGUGAAGAUCAUCUACCCGCGUGUGAACAGGUUUUUCUACCGCAAGUUCGAUCAGCCGCGGAAGUGCGUCGUGAGUCGAAGGUUACUUCAAGUGAUUGCAAGCAACGGCAAACAGCGAUUCAUGUGCCGCUUUGUCUGUGAGGAAGACGCGACCAAGUGUGUUGAAACACUGCGAAGCUUUGGAGUUGAGGUCAUUGUGGUGGAUGAGAAGUCGCUGCUGUCGAGUAGGCGGGUCGUUACGACGCAGGAAGAGAGCGUUAUGGCCGGAGGUGAAGCUGCUUUGCAAACUCUUCGCGAGUCAUCGCCAGGAUCGAUACGAACCGAAGUUCGAGACUACAGGCGUUCGUCUCAGCUGCAAGACGACACCAAAGUUAUUCUGCGUGCGAUGUUCAGCAUUGACUGUUGA